AUGGAGGUUCAAGCUCCACACUUUCGGCCUUUAGUGGACACACAUUCAGGAUACGGACAUGUCUGCGGAAAAGAAGCCCAAAAAGAAGAAGCCCGAGUCCACUCCAGUAGAGACCAACGGGAGCGAAGCCAAACCCAAAAAGCCGAAGAGCAAGAAGAGUGCAGACCUGUCGGCCGAGAGCAGCCCGGCCACUCAGAAUGGAGAGAAGGUGAAGAAGAAGAAAGUAGAGAAGGAAAAAGAAUCAACAGAGAAGGAGAAAGAAUCCAAAAAGAAAGCGAAAAGUGCCCCAAAGAAGAAGAAGAGUUCUACAGAAGAUGACGACGAUGAUGAAGAGGAUGAUGGAGAGACCACUCCUCAGAAGAAGACAAAGAAAAAGACUUCAAAAGAAAGUUCUGAUGGAAAAUUAAAAGACAAGGAAAAAGACAAGAAGUCCAAAUCAAAAGAGGACGCAGACAGUAAAGGGAAAUCUAAAGCCAAGAAAAAGGAGCCGGCCUCCAUGUUUCAGAUAAAUGGAGACAAGCCUGAAACCAAGAGUAAAAAGAAAGCUGCCAAAUCUGAGAGUGAAGAUGAGAGCGAACCAGAAACCAAAAGCAGCAAGACGAAGAAGAAGAGCAGCUCAAACCCAUCGUCCAUGUUUCAGACCGGAGGGGACAAAGACAAGGACAAAAAGACAAAAAAGACCAAAAAUCCCGCUAAAGCAGACGAGACUGAAGACUCUGAUUCAGAAGUGACGCAAAAAAAGAAAAAGGGCAAAGGGAAAAAAGGCAAAAAGGAGGAGCGAGCACCUUCUCCUGUCAUCGAGUUUGACAAUCUGGAAGAGUUUGUACUUCAACCCGCUCAACAAGGCGUCACGGUAAAGUGCAAAGUGACCCGGGACAAGAGAGGGAUGGACCGAGGCCUUUACCCGACUUACUACCUGCACCUGGACAAUGAGAAGAAAGUGUUUUUGUUAGCGGGAAGGAAGAGGAAAAAAAGCACAACCUCAAACUACUUGAUCUCCAUAGACCCCACCGACCUCUCCAGAGGAGGAGAAAACUUCGUUGGGAAGCUGAGGUCAAAUCUGAUGGGAACUAAGUUCACGGUGUUCGAUAAUGCACUGCAUCCGGACCGUGCUCUGCCGGACAUGUCUAACGCUCGGCAGGAAUUGGCAGCCAUUAUCUAUGAAACAAAUGUUUUGGGCAUGAAAGGGCCGAGACGAAUGAUUAUAAUUAUUCCUGGCAUGACCAAAGAUGGUGAACGAGUCCCCAUACGACCACGUAGUGACAAUAAUGGCCUCCUCAUGAGACAUCAAAACAGAAAUAUGGAAAACUUGAUAGAGCUGCGCAAUAAGACGCCAGUGUGGAAUGAAGAUACGGCGUCACAUGUGUUAAACUUCAACGGCAGAGUCACACAGGCCUCCAUCAAAAACUUCCAGAUAGUGCAUAACAAAGACCUGGACUACAUUGUGAUGCAGUUUGGGAGAGUUGCAGAUGACGCUUUCACUCUGGACUACAGCUAUCCUCUGUGUGCCGUACAAGCCUUUGCCAUCGCCCUCUCCAGCUUUGAUGGCAAGAUCGCCUGCGAGUAGCAGCGUCACGUUUCCUGCGGGUGUCUUUCUGUGAUGUUGUCACAUGGGAAACGUUCUCAGCAUCGGCUCAAUUCUCCACAGCCCAUAAAUCUGUCAAAAUAAAGCACCAUUGCUUGUGGGGUUGCAUGAUUUUACAUGCAUCUGUUGGUCAUAACCUCUUCUAUGGGCUGAAAUCGAAUGUACAGUGGGUGUACUGGAGAACGGAGGGAGUGCCUCCUUUUAUGAUGUUUGAUUUGAGGGUGUGAAAGAUGCAAAUGACCCCUGGUGGUGAGGAGGUCACAUUAGACGUGGUCUGCGCGUAAAAAGGGGGGAAAAGAAACAGUUUUUUGGUUGUAUUUUAAUAUUAGCAAACCGGGUUAAAAACAGCAGUAAAAAGCAGUUUUUUAUUGUGUUUUAUUGGCAGUUGUGCUACAUUUGUGUGUGUGUGUAACUGUGUAAAAAUGCAUGUCCAAGAAAGAUGUGUCUGUGCAAGUGUGCCGAAAGCUGAAGGUCCAGAUUUAUCAGCUGAUUGUACAUUUCAGAUUUUUGCACAUGCAAUAUCAUUGGCAUGACUGAUGCGUGGAGAAUGUCAAACAUCUCAACCACUCAUGCAGUUUUUUGCUUACUCAGACAAACAUUAUCUGGAAUAAUAUGUGUCAUUGCUGAAAUAAGUCCAUGAUCACCUGAUACAGAUGCGAAAACCCAUUGUUUGGUGUUUCUUUUAUUUUGUUUUGCCUUUUACAUGUCAUUAUAGUUUAUGAUUCCUUCUGUAACAUAGGAUGCAUUUGAUAAAAACCCAUAACUGUCUUAAUGCAUGCAGACAAAGGUAAAUUAGACAUGUUCUUUUGUUUUUAAGGAAAAUGCAACUGUGAAAUAAAAUAAAAGUGUUU